AGGGCGCUUGCUGUGUUAGUGUGAUACUGCAGUGAGGCGCAGUUGAGCUGUCUCUGAGGCGGACUGGUGUCGGUGACGCGGGAUUGCGCAGCGCAGGGUAAAUCGCAGUUUGGAAUUAACCAGGGGACUGGAGAAAUGUUUACAGUUUAAAGGAUGCCAGGCACACCAUUCAUAUAGAGAGCAGUUUCUGUAAUCAAAUUCAAACAUAGAACAAGAGACCGGACCAAGUGAGUGGAGAAACAAAAAGGAAAUUAACAAAGAGACUGCUGAUCAAUCCUCUCUCUUCCCAGCCUGAAUUAAAGGCAAAGUUAAAACAUCAUGGAGUGGGGUUCGGAGCUUUGGGACCAAUAUGACAUCAUAGACCGGCAGACCCAAUGGGGGAUUGACCUAAUAGAGAAAUACGUGAAGUUUGUGAAGGAUCGGACGGAAAUCGAGCAGUCAUAUGCCAAGCAGCUGAGGACAUUGGUGAAGAAAUACAGCCCCAAGAGGGUCUCGAAGGAAGACCAUGAAAUGAAGUUCUCCCAGUAUCAGGCCUUCAUCAACAUUCUCAAUGAAUUGAAUGACUACGCUGGGCAGCGGGAGAUUAUAGCAGAGAACCUGAUGCAGAAUAUCUUUGCCCAGUUGUUGAAAUACUUGCACGAAAAUAAACAGGAACGCAAGAUGCAUCUUUUGGAAGGAAGAAAAGCUCAACAGAACCUGGAAACUAGUUUUAAACAGCUGGACAAUGCAAAAAGGAGGUUUGAACGAGACUGCAAGGAGGCAGAGAAGGCAAUGCAGAAUGCAGAAAAAGCCGACCAUGACAUCAACGCCACCAAAGCUGAUGUGGAAAAGGCAAAACAACAGGCAAAUCUGCGGAAUCACAUGGUGGAAGAAAGCAAGAAUGAGUACGCCUCACAACUACAGAAAUACAACAAGGACCAGAAUCAGUUUUAUUUUGUGGAGAUGCCUCAUGUUUUUAACAAACUUCAGGAGAUGGAUGAAAAGCGGAUACAGAAGCUGUGCGAAGCAUACAAAAUGUUUGCAGACACAGAGCGCCAAGUCAUGCCGAUCAUUGGGAAGUGUCUGGACGGGAUGACGAAAGCUGCGGAAUCUGUAAACGAGAGCGGGGAUUCACAAGUGCUGAUUGAGGCGCACAAGUCAGGAUUUGAGAGACCAGGGGAGCUCGAGUUUGAAGACUACAGCCAGAUGAUUAAUCGGACUUCAUCAGAGAACAGUAUUGGUUCUCUUAAAUCUGAGCCGAAGACCGACCAAAGGACCAUUGGCAAAAGCAAGACCAAACGCUGGCCAUUCGGAAAAAAAAACAAGCUUCCACCCCUCCCCUUCUCACCUUUGAACUUUUACCCCUCGUCUUUCGCUAAUGGGCACCCGUCCCCCAAGUUCACCAGGGAUCCGCUGUCUUACUGUCUGAACGAGAUAAAGACAGUGAAACCCAGGAUCCCUUCUUUCCAAAGCUUACGGAGGGGGCUCAUUGUAUCUGAGGACUUUAGUCACCUACCCCCUGAGCAGCGUCGAAAAAAACUUCAGCAGAAAAUUGAAGAUCUGAACAAGGAGCUGCAGAAACAAGUGGACCAGAGCGAAGCAUUAGAUAAGAUGAAAGAUGUCUAUCAACGGAACCCACAGAUGGGCGAUCCAAACAGCCUUGAGCCCCGAAUAAUGGAGACAAACCAACAGAUUGAGAGGCUACGGAAUGAGAUUCAGAAGUACGAGAUGUGGCUGGCUGAUGCAGAAGCGAAAUUGGUUUCACGCAAUGACAGCUUCGUGCAGUACACUGCUCACUGUGAGCGUUCUCCCUCCUUGAAUAACAAUGGGUCGCAUGAUAAGGAAAGCCCCGACACAACUUAUUCUGAUGAUAGCGGCCAGGAACCAUUGGUGCAACCUUCUCCUGUCUCAGAAUUUGAUGAUUUUGAGGACGAUCUUGCUCAUCCAAUAGGAAGCUCAACUGCUCUGUAUCCAUUUGAUGGUAACAGCGAAGGCACCAUUCCAAUGGCAGAGGGAGAGGUGCUGCAACUGAUUGAGGAGGACAAGGGUGAUGGAUGGACCCGGGUGAGGCGGAGCGAUGGGGAGGAAGGCUACGUACCCACCUCCUACGUGAAAAUCACCCUGAGCAGGAAGUGAGCCAGGAUUUGCCAGUGGUCAUAAGACAUUUAUCCUCUGGUUCGCAGUGUCUCAUUUUCUUUCUUUGAACCAGGAUGGAGCAGACAGAGAACGUUCUGUGGGAUAGAUGGCUCCAUGGACAAGUGGGAGAGGGACGAGGGUUAACUGACCCUCAGUGGUAUUCACAUUGGAAAAUAAAAAACCCGAGAGUCGCUUAGUUACAUUUGUAAUACCUUCGGCACAUUAUUAGGAAAGCAUCUAUGAUCUUUCAGUCCACUAUAAGAUGACUCUGUCCAGCUGCAGUUUAUGCUGGUACAAUAGAUACCACUCUAAUGUACAUAAUAUGUAGUAAUAACUGUAUUUAGGGAUGAACAUGCUGAUCACCGAUGGCAUCUUUUAUAUAGGUAUUUUGCAUUGAAUAUAAGUUUCUUUUGUCCACAUUUGUGGAAUCAUUUCAGGCGAGAAAUAGGACAACAUGCAGAACAUACCCUGGAAUCUGGUUGAAGGGCUUGUACAAACCGGAUGAUGAUGCUUGCAAGGGAAGAAAUCUAAGCUGCCAAAGCACCCUGUUGUUUAAUGUCAUGGCUUUGUUAGAAGGAUAUGAAAAUCCUGCGAGAGUUGGCCCGUGCCUAUUUCAAAAACAACAAGGCGUAGGGUCACAGGAAAAUCCAAGCUCUCUCUUUGGAGCUGCUGGGGUCCACCUAGAUGAAACAGACUGGUGAAGGCCAACACUAAGAAGCUGCUUGCCCAAAAGUGUAGGGUACAGACGAUGGGCUCUUCAAAUGGCUGGAUGCUGGACAGCAAAGGUCCCUGCCCAGCUCAGCCAUAGUCCUGACGGUCCUUUUAUUUUUAACCAGCAUUCGCAGCCUUCUGGGAUUUUUAAUGAACACGACUGUCGUGAUGUCUCUGGAGAUUUAAAUUAAAAAGAGGAAGGUGGCAGUCCCAGAUUCAAGUGCAUACCUGCUGUGCUUUUAUCGUAGAACAUCGACUGGAAUCAUCGCCGAAUUAAUUGGUGUUUUAAGCGUAAAUCAUUCGGGAGGCAGACGUGAGUUGAGCACAGCAGCAAAUUCUUCCAGAGUUGAUAAGUGUGUCGGGAGUCCUGACUCAAAACAUCGCGUCAGUUCUUUGGUGGUGUUUUGUGAGCUGUUCAGAAUGUAGCCUAUCUGUUAUAUCCUGGUGCAAAAACUACAUUAUGAAUCAUUUGUGAUUGUAUCAUAGACUAAUAAUGCACUUGACGUUACAAUAGGACAGUAACAUGAUUGUUACACCACCUGGUUUUAAUCCUGUAAUAAAAUGCUAUUCCAA